UUCUUUCAGCUUUGCAUGGCUCGAGUUGGUGAGCCACCAAAAUUGCUAACAAUCAACUCUCAGAAGGAUUGGCCUUUGGUUCAGCGCCUACUUGUUGACUUGUUCAAAUUCAUGGAGCCAUACUUGAGGAAUGCUGAACUUGGGGAAUCGGUUCACUUUCUGUACAAAGGCACUCUAAGGGUGCUCUUGGUACUGCUUCAUGAUUUCCCGGAGUUCCUUUGUGAUUAUCAUUUCAGCUUCUGUGAUGUGAUUCCCCCCAGUUGCAUUCAAAUGCGGAAUGUUAUUCUAAGUGCAUUCCCACGAAACAUGAGGCUGCCCGAUCCUUCUACUCCCAACUUGAAGAUUGAUUUGCUGGCUGAAAUCAGCCAAUCACCACGCAUUCUCUCUGAGGUUGAUGGUGCUCUGAAAGCAAAGCAGAUUAAGGCUGACAUUGAUGAGUAUCUCAAGGAAGAUUUAUGGCAGGCUGCAUUUCCGGUUGGCACAGAGGAAAUAGUACCACUAAGAAAAAUCUGUUGUCGGCCUGAAACUGAUUAUCGGUUGCAACGACUGCAUGCUUCCAAGGAUUCAGCAUCUAUGGGGCAACGGAACAUGAUGAAAGAUCCUUCUUUGGUGUUUAAUUGUUGUUUUUUUAUUGGCAGUGAGAUCACGAUAGAGUUCAACGAUUGCUCAAAACAAGUUCUUGAAAUGGAAUCAAUGCUUUUGAACCCAGAUUUCUGUCGAGAUGACCUUGCCGGUCUGCUGAAGGCAGUUCAAGCACAGGAAAAGCAGAAAUUGCAUCUGGAUUUGAAUCAAUUGUGCCUAAAUUUAGGCCUACAAGCACUUCAGCCUUUUGACGCCACUCAUGCUAGAGUAGACCAUAUAGAGGAUUUGUUAUUUUUAUUAUAAUUCAAGACCAUUUUCAAUUUAUUAUAAUAAAUAUUAU